AUGCGCCUUACGAUGUGGGUGGCGCGGAUUUUGAUGAUGACGCGCAAAGCUAGUGCUCGCUGGGUCCCACGCUUCCGCUCUCUGUCGCCCGCGUCGUCGCCAUCGCUUCCGCAGCUCGUCGCGUUCGCGACCCCUGCCCGUCGCCUUCACUUCCCCCCCGUCGCCUUCACUCCCCCCCCCCCCCCCCCCCCCUCUCCCCCCUUCCGUUGCCUUCAUUUCCCCCUCUCGUCGCCUUCACUUCCCCCCCUCCCGUCGCCUUCACUUCCCCCUCUCGUCGCCUUCACUUUCCCCCCUCCCGUCACCUUCACUUCCCCUUCCCGUCACCUUCACUACCCCCUCCCGUCGCCUUCACUUCUCCCCCCCGUCGCCUUCACUUCCCCCUCUCGUCGCCUUCACUUCCCCCUCCCGUCGCCUUCACUUCCCCCUCCCCUCGCCUUCACUUCCCCCUCCCGUCGCCUUCACUUCCCCCUCCCGUCGCCUUCAUUUCCCCCUCCCCGUCGCCUUCACUUCCCCUCCCGUCUCCUUCAUUUCCCCCUCCCGUCGCCUUCACUUCCCCUUCCCGUCGCCUUCACUUCCCCCUCCCGUCGCCUUCACUUCCCCUUCCCGUCGCCUUCACUUCCCCCUGCCGUCGCCUUCACUUCCCCCUCCCGUCGCCUUCACUUCCCCCUCCCGUCGCCUUCACUUCCCCCUCUCGUCGCCUUCACUUCCCCCUCCCGUCGCUUUCACUUCCCCCUCCCCUCGCCUUCACUUCCCCCUCCCGUCGCCUUCACUACUCCCUCCCGUCGCCUUCACUUCCCCCUCCCGUCGCCUUCACUUCCCCCUCCCGUCGCCUUCACUUCCCCCUCCCAUCUCCUUCAUUUCCCCCUCCCGUCGCUUUCACUUCCCCCUCCCCUCGCCUUCACUUCCCCCUCCCGUCGCCUUCACUUCUCCCUCCCGUCGCCUUCACUUCCCCCUCCCGUCGCCUUCACUUCCCCCUCCCGUCGCCUUCAUUUCCCCCUCCCCGUCGCCUUCACUUCCCCUCCCGUCUCCUUCAUUUCCCCCUCCCGUCGCCUUCACUUCCCCCUCCCGUCGCCUUCACUUCCCCCUCCCGUCGCCUUCAUUUCCCCCUCCCCGUCGCCUUCACUUCCCCUCCCGUCUCCUUUAUUUCCCCCUCCAGUCGCCUUCACUUCCCCUUCCCGUCGCCUUCACUUCCCCCUCCCGUCGCCUUCACCUCCCCCAUUUCCCCCCUUCACGCUCUCUUACCCCCUCUGCUCGCCCCUGUUUUCCCGGCUCACUCCUAUACCCACUCUCUCCCUCCCUGCUCACUCUCUUCCCCCCUGCUCACUCUCUUCCCCCCUGCUCACUUUCUUUCCCCCUGUUCUCAUCCCUCUUUCCCCCUUUCUCACCCAUUUCCCCCCUGCUCGGUCUAUUUCCCCCUGUGCUCGCCCCUAA